UGCUCGCACCGUUCUACACAAUGGGAGUAACCGUGCUGCAACCAUAUCCGGUGGAAAACAAAUCCGGUGCACAAACGAUCGAGUUUCUGCUGAAGCGCGUCGUCGCACUGGGUGCGGUACCGGCGGGACAGUUUCUGGUAGAUUGUGAAACGUACAGUUCCAAUCCACAGCUGGGACCACCGAAAACGGUACAUAUACUGCACAAUUCCGAGCAGCCCGCUUCCGUAUUCUCGAUACUGGAUACCGGUACCAAGCAGAUACCGCUCGUUACGGACGGCUUGUUCGAUCUGCUGAUGACGCGCAUUGCUCCAGCGUACACCUCCAAGAAGCAAACGAAAAUCGAAUCGAAAGGCCAGCGUUUUGAGUUUGGCGACUUUCUGAUCAAGCUGGGCAGCGUUACAAUGAGCCAAAACUUCAAGGGCGUGCUGGUGGAGGUGGAAUAUCGGCCCUGUCUCGUGGCGAUCAGUUGCUGGGAGCUGAUGCGCGAGUUUCUGCAAGGAUUCCUCGGCUCGAACGUCUCGAACUCGAUGCCCGCCUACUUUACGCAACGUUCCAGCGUCAAUCCGAACCUUUCCAAAGCGAACGAUAUCUAUCAACCGAUCGAUACGAUCAAUCAGUACUUGGAGCAUUUUACGAACUAUCGCAAGCAGACCAUGGCACCCGUGGGCGCACGUCCAUAAACCGUGUCAAAUCAUUUGUAAUGAAAUUAAAGUUAAGAAUGUACAAGUAUAUUUAAUUUCUAGUAUCAU